GGGCCGGGCGAGGGGGAGGGGGUGCCCCGAGUCGCUGGGGGCAGGCGGGCGGGGCUGCUCGGUUGCCUAUCGCCUCACUUCCGGGCUCGCCUGAGAGCUGAGGCCGACGCCAGCUCGCAGCGCUGCCAGCUGCUCAGCCGCGGACCACCGAGCGGGUGAGAGCGUAGCCAGGCCGAAUCCCCAUCGUUCGCGCAGCCCAGGCCUCUCUCUGCGGCCAUGGGGGCGUCUGCGCGGUUACUGCGCGCAGCGAUCAUGGGGGCGCCCGGCUCCGGCAAGGGCACUGUGUCCUCGCGCAUCACCAAACACUUCGAGCUGAAGCACCUCUCCAGUGGGGACCUGCUCCGAGACAAUAUGCUUCGGGGCACAGAAAUUGGUGUGUUGGCCAAGACUUUCAUUGACCAAGGGAAGCUCAUCCCAGAUGAUGUCAUGACUCGGUUGGUCCUUCAUGAGCUGAAAAAUCUCACCCAGUAUAGCUGGCUGUUGGAUGGUUUUCCAAGGACACUUCUACAGGCAGAAGCCCUGGAUAGAGUUUACCAGCUGGACACAGUGAUUAAUCUGAACGUGCCCUUUGAGGUCAUCAAACAGCGUCUCACUGCUCGCUGGAUCCAUCCAGGCAGCGGCCGCGUCUACAACAUUGAAUUCAACCCUCCCAAAACCGUGGGCAUUGAUGAUAUAACUGGGGAGCCACUUGUUCAGCGUGAGGAUGAUAAACCAGAGACUGUUGUCAAGAGACUGAAGGCUUAUGAAGCCCAAACUGAGCCCGUCCUGGAAUAUUACCGGAAAAAAGGGGUGUUGGAAACUUUCUCUGGAACAGAAACCAACAAGAUCUGGCCACAUGUGUAUGCUUUCCUACAAACAAAAGUUCCUCAAAUAAACCAGAAAACAUCAGUUCCUCCAUGAGGAAAAGUGCAUAUAAAUAGUAAGAUGAGCAGAAGCUCCUUGUCCUAAAACUGGCAUGUAUCAAUUCUUUGAAAAUUGUGUUAGUUUCAUUUCUACUGAUUUUAUUGUGGAAAUUAAGGAUGUCCCAAAUGAAGCAAAUAUGAAGAUUCACCUUCUGAAAUGUAUGGUGUGUUUUAUCUACUUAUCAUCUAUGGAUAUGGAAUUCAAAAACAUCAGAGAUCUUUAAACUUUUGAAAAUGAGCACAAUUUUAAAAGAGCAAUUGGUAAUAAUUAACUGUUGUUCAGAAGAGAAGUGGUCGGUAAAGUUUCCUUAUUUUUCUGGAAAAGUGAAAAAAUAAGUUCAUGUCACUUGUGGAAAGUUAUCUUAUCAGAGGUAAAAUUGUGUGUAGACUGAUGCCAAAAGAAAGAUCUCUAAGCACUAUGGUACAUGGUUUUGUGGGACAUUUUAUCUAUAGAACUUCGGAAAAAAAGCAGCUGGAUUUACAGAUUAGUUGCAGGAUACAGAUUCACUGCUGCCUUUUAUUGGCCUAAAACAAAAAAACCACUAGAUGUUUCUCUAACAAAAUGGGUUUAUUUGAGAUCAACAGAUAAUUGCAGUUUGAGGUCUGUAACCAAUGGUGAGCCGUGUGCAAGCCCUCCCCUCAGCAAGGGAAUGAGAAUGCUUUCAUAAGGGGAAAAGGAAGUUGGAAGGGCUCUAGUAAACACAGAGUCCGUGGCUUUUCAUUGGCUGAGUCCUUGCCAGGAAAAGAGUAUUUUCUCCCUGUUGGGUUCUACUUUAUUCACAAGGCCUGAGAGCUCCCCAUUCUGGUUUCCUGACUCUAUUUAAUUGAGGUUUCUGUUUAUUAAUUUUUUAAUACACUAUACCAGCAAACUUGUAGCAGUCAUAUAUGCUGUACUUUUUGGUUUACUCCGAAUUUUCAACUGGCUAUAAAAAUGUAUCAAUUAGCACAUAGGAAAAUAUACUUUCCUAUGACUUAACUUUUUUUGAAAAUACUUGUGUACUUAAGAGAUAUGAUUUGUUAGAAAUUGACAUCAUAAGUUCUUACAAAAGCACCGAAGUCUUUAUUUUCAACAGAAAAUGUAAUUAAAUUCGUUUUCAGGUAUUGCUUAGGUUAAGAAAUGUGUGCUUUAGGAUCUACUGGCCAGUUUCUUUUUUUGAUCUAAACAUAUCUGCCUUGAUGAAUAACAAAUUGAACUACCAAGAAAAAGAAAGAACAAAAGAAAGAAAAGCGUAAAAGAAACCUAUGGCAGUAGAUUAAAAUAAGCAUAUUUUGUCAUUAAGAAAUAUAUCAGGUUUACCUGGGGAAAAUUCCCUUGACAUAAAUAGCAAUCAUAACUAGUAAACAGCUGUAGCAAUUAAAAGGAUUUAGAUGACAAGUUAAAAAGAACCAGGAAACCAAUUGAUUUUGCUUGAAAGAGUUCUUUAUAAUUAAAGAAGUUGACCCCUGCCAGUAUUCACUGCUAUCCUACCUUGAUGGGGAAGAAUUCUGCCAGUGAAUGUAAUCUGAGCAGCCAUUUUAAAAUGAAAAUGGUUUCAUUCCUGAGAGGGCAACAGGAUGCAUGCUUAUGUACUGCAGGAUGGUAUGAAGAGCAGUGGAAGGAGAAAUCCUGUAAUAUCUUCAAUGGCAUAUCUAUUUUUACUUGGUGCUACAUCAAAUCGAACAUGUCAUUGUACCAGCUGUUAUGGUUUUUGAAAAUGUGGUGCAUUUUUAUUCUAGGCACUGAAAAUACAAAUGCCAGCAAGUGAUGCUUAUGUAUUUGGGGCAGGGCGAACCUUAUCUUUCUUUCAAUUUUUAAAAAUUCAAUAUUGAUCUUUUGAAAAUGUACCAAGACCUUAAAAAAGGAUUAUAGUAAAUAUUUCAUUCUUUAUAAAACUUCCUUUCAUAUCUUAUUUGAAUGUUAAUAUGCGCUUUCUAAAAAUGUUGGGAACCACUAACAUUUUAUCAAACAUACAUUAAUUAUCAAUGUGUUAGAAUUAAAUGAAAAUUUGGAACUGUGGCUAUUACUUUGUCUUUGAUAAUUCACAAGGCCCACUCUAUCUCCUCUUCCCUUCUGCUGCCCUGAUGUCUCAUUGGCUUCUGAAUUAGUGAGUGCUUUCUAAUAACUGCCUUAAAACAGUACUUAGCCUGGUUUCAUUUUAUGCUCUAUCUCCUGCUAUAGUACUGUAGCCAUACUGGCUUUCUUGACACCUUCAGGAGAUGUGGAAAUCAAAAGAGGGAUAGAAAAAUAUGGCUAUGAAAAUUAAGACACUUCUUCCCCUCCCCUCUCCCCCGUCACCAAAGCAACCCAAGGUUUUGUACAUACACCCAUCCUUUUGGGAAAUGCCUACACUAUUACAAAAAGAACAUGUUUUCUGCUAUAAUAACUAUCAUGAUUUAUGUGCCCAUGGAAAUAUGUCUGGAGCUGAGUGCCAUGGCUAGAAGCUACUAUCUCAGUUAAAAAUUAAUAAGAACAGUACUUCAACCCAUUACCCUAUUUUCUAGAGAACCACAGUUAUUUUGGUACACUUUUCAUAAAAAGAGUGUGCUGUGGGAAAUACAAAUUGGCAGUUAGUACCAUUCAGAAAUUUUCUCAGUUCCAUUUGAAAUGGCUCAAAUUUCUAAACCUGAGCCCACAGCUGCUCUUCUACCAGCUAUUUACAGUGGUCUUUGAGGAAACUAAAAUAUUUUGGACAUUCAUAGUUUGUGACAAAUCACCAAUGUUAACAGCAAAUCAUGGUAAUUACAGACCUCAGAUUUUAUUAAACUGCUGAAAUACUGUAGCCAAUAACAGCAAUAAAUUUAUAUUUUAAAUAUAUUUAUAGUUGUCUUCCCAGUGACAAAAGGAAAUAUUCCAAGACACUAGUAAACUGGAGAAACAGCUUUCCUAUCUUUGCAACUCAAGAUUUCGAUUUAGAAGUUAUAGUUAAAAAUUUUUAAACCCAGUCAAAAUAGUCUAGCUUUGUUUAAGGGUUCUGGUAAAAGCCAAUAUGCUUUGUAGAGCCCACACCUAGCUCCAGCUUUUUGUUUAGCGCACUAAUGAUUAUGUUUUUCCAUAUAUAUAGCACUGAGUAAAGUGGUCAUGCUAAAUAACAUUUUGGAAGAAUUUCACCAAAGUGUAAAUCAGUCUGGUGAUGUCGUUUUACCAAAGGACUGUAAAUAAAGUGUGAAGAGUAAAUAACAUGAGAAAUCAUGAUUUUUUUAGAAACAAGUGAGGUAUGUGGGAAUUUUUAUAAUUUUCAUACUUAGAAAAGAUUAAAACUUCAAGUCUAAUUCUUCAAGACUUAUGAGAAUGGUUUCAACUCCAUUAGUAGAUGGUAAGCAAUUCAUAAUCAACUUUUAUUCAUUUUUGUACCCUCCGACCCCCAAUUAGCUUACAUAGUAAGCAAGCAAAUAAAUACUUAUGAGUCAGCUUCUCAGAAUACCUAUGAAAUAGUACAUACAUGUCCAUUACAGAUGAAAAAUGGAUGCAUAGACUUUUAGGAACUUAUUAAAAUGCGUAUGAUAUAGUAGCAAAACUGAAAUGAAAAGCAUGACUAUCAGCUGAGGCAAGUACAUUUCUGUCCCACAUCAACUUAAGAACUGAAAUAUGUGACUGACUCUGAGAACAGUAAAUUGACUAUCUUUUUAUUCUUCGAAAAUACCCCAAGGUUAACUUCAGGAUCACUUUGCCUCAACCCACAAUCAAUGUUUUCAUCCUGUAAAUUCUGUAAAAUAAUCUACUUAAUAAACUAGAUUCCCAUUCUUUGGGCAGCAUCUUGGUUCACUUUUUUUUUUUUUUUUUAGUGGCUGCACCCGAGGCAUAUGGACGUUCCUGGGCCAGGGACUGAAUCCAAGCUGCAGCUGCAACAACACUGGAUUCUUUAAUCCACUAUGCUGGGCCAGGGAUUGAACCUUGCCUACACAGCGACUGGAGCCACUUAAGUCAGAUUCUUGACCCACUGCGGAAAUUCCUUAGUUCACUUUUAAAGGGGUAAUAGGAAUGCCAGUCUGAAAGAAGUUCCAGUGUUCCGAAAAAGAAUUUAUGGGCGAUUGUGAGCUCGUUAGGCAAAAUUUCAAAGAGCCCACUAAUAGAUGAGAAUGAAAUUUGAAAAAGCUCACUAGAUGAGACUGUAACUCAUCCAUCUCUCCUAAAGAAUAAUCUUAAAUCAGUAUUAAUUCCACCAUCAUUGAUAAAAUGACACUAAAUUAACAGGGGAUAAAGUGAUGGCUAUUUUUAAAAAAAUCUCUUAUUAGAAUAUCAACUAUAUCAAAUGAAAUAAGAAUCUUUGAUGGAUAUUUUGAUGUCAAAGAUACGUUUCUACUUUCCAUGGUUUAAAUAAUUUGUUUGGAGAAAAAUGUCCAACCUGAAAUAUAAAUUAUCCCUUUGGUUACUUAGUAUAUUCUUAUUAUUUAAGAAACCAGAACACAUUUCUCCAAAUAGGAGUUAGUUUUUAGUACUAAAGCAAAAUAAAGAAAAAUAAAAAGGAUGUCAAUUUAUUAUCCUUAGUACUAAAGUACUGCUAAAUAUGUAAGUUAUAGUCUUUAGGUGCAAAUUAUGGCAUCAAUCAGUAGUUCCCAAAAUAAAUCCAAUCACUUUCACAUUCAAAACACACAACACUUCCCUUUAAAAGUAGAAUACACAGCUAAAUUUUUAAAUAGCUCUUCAGUAAUUCCUGUUUUAGAAAACAAAACCUAAAAGAACCCUUCAGAAAUAGUUUACUCAGUUUGCUGAUAAUUUCUCUCCUUCCAGUCUUCAGUUUUUAAUAGUUCUAACAAGGCAAAAUGAAAUUCAAAACAAUUUGAGUGUUUAUUGGUAAAUCCUGGAGAAAGGUAAAGUUGAGGAAUGGAAAGUAAUGCUUCAAGUAACUCUUCUGUGAAACUGGGGAUUUUAUUCCUAUGUUCAUUCUCUGUUUGACAGGAAGGAAAAAACAAGAGCUUGCUCCAAAACAGAAGGAAAAAAAAAAAAAAAA